GAGGGAGGGACCUAUGGGGCUAAAUUGGCGAGUCAGCCAUAUUGCAGCCAGAGGGUAGGAGAGAAGCACCCAAGGAGAGAUCACCAAGGGUAGGGUGGCGAAAGAAAGCUGUCUGCGUAACUAAAAAUAAUUGAGACGCAGCGGAUUUUAUAUACUUUUUAAUUCAAGGCAAAGAAGUUUGCCAGGAAAAAGAAAAAACAAUGCCGAAACCAGUCAACGUUCGCGUGACCACUAUGGAUGCAGAGUUGGAGUUUGCAAUACAACCCAACACAACAGGCAAGCAGCUUUUUGAUCAGGUGGUGAAGACUGUGGGUCUACGAGAGGUGUGGUACUUUGGCCUACAGUACACAGAUACAAAGGGAUUCCCGACCUGGCUGAAACUUGAUAAAAAGGUCUCUGCUCAGGAGGUGAGAAAGGAGAAUCCUCUUCAGUUUAAAUUUCGUGCCAAAUUCUUCCCAGAGGAUGUGUCUGAAGAGCUUAUCCAGGAGAUCACGCAGAAACUUUUCUUUAUGCAAGUCAAAGACAGCAUUCUGAGUGAUGAAGUGUACUGUCCUCCUGAGACUGCUGUUCUCCUUGGCUCUUAUGCUGUGCAGGCCAAAUUUGGUGAUUACAACAAAGAUACACACAAGCCUGGAUACCUGAAUUCAGAAAGACUCCUGCCACAAAGAGUCCUGGAUCAACAUAAACUUUCCAGAGAGCAGUGGGAAGAGAGGAUUCAGACAUGGCACGCAGAGCACCGUGGCAUGCUAAAAGAGGAUGCCAUGCUGGAAUAUCUCAAGAUUGCUCAGGACUUGGAGAUGUAUGGAAUCAACUAUUUUGAAAUUAAAAAUAAAAAGGGGACAGAUCUCUGGCUAGGAGUGGAUUCCUUGGGCUUAAAUAUCUAUGAACAUGAUGACAAGUUGACUCCUAAAAUUGGAUUCCCAUGGAGUGAAAUCAGGAAUAUCUCCUUUAAUGACAAGAAGUUUAUAAUCAAACCCAUUGACAAGAAGGCACCUGACUUCGUGUUCUAUGCCCCAAGGCUGAGGAUCAACAAGCGAAUCUUACAGCUCUGCAUGGGUAACCAUGAGCUGUACAUGCGCCGCAGAAAACCAGACACCAUUGAGGUGCAGCAGAUGAAAGCACAGGCUAAAGAGGAGAAGCUUCAGAAACAAUUGGAAAGGCAACAGCUGGAAAAUGAGAAGAAGAAAAGAGAAGCUGUUGAGAAAGAGAAGGAACAAAUGAUAAAGGAAAAGGAGGAACUGAUGUUCAGGUUGCAUGAAUAUGAAGAGCAAACAAAGAGGGCAGAAAGAGAAUUGUCAGAACAGAUCCAAAGAGCCAGAGAGCUGGAAGAGGAGAGAAGAAGGGCUCAACUAGAAGCAGAGAGACUAGAGGCUGAACGUAUAGCUGCUCUACGUGCCAAGGAAGAUUUGGAACGGCAAGCUGCUGACCAGAUGAAGAGUCGAGAGCAAUUGGCUGCAGAGUUGGAAGAAUAUACAGCCAGAAUUACCCUCCUUGAAGAAGCAAGGAAAGUCAAAGAGGAGGAGGUGGGCGAGUGGCAGAAAAGGGCCCAGGAAGCUCAGACUGAUCUGGUGCGAACAAAGGAAGAAUUGCAUAUGGUAAUGAGUGCACCACCAUUGCCACCACCUCCAGUCUAUGAACCAGUCACAGAUUAUGUAUAUGAAAACCUACAUGGAGAUGGAAUGGAAUACAGUGCAGAAUUAACUCCUGAGAACUUUCUGGACAACCGCAAAGAAGAGCAACGUAUUACAGAAGCUGAGAAGAAUGAGCGUGUUCAGAGGCAACUCAUGGCUUUGACAAAUGAGCUGUCUCAGGCUCGAGAUGAAUCCAAGAAGACACAAAACGAUAUUUUGCACACAGAGAAUGUGCGAGUGGGCCGGGACAAAUACAAGACCCUAAGGCAGAUCCGGCAAGGAAACACCAAGCAGAGAAUUGAUGAGUUUGAAGCCAUGUAAUGGAUUUUUUUAAAAGAUGGGUGGAGUUUUAUGGUGGCUGCUUAAAAAGGUCACUGUUUGGCAAAUUUAUAUUGUUGAUUAUACUGGCUGGAAAAGCAGCCCUAAAAAAUAAUGAUUAACUUGUCUCCACUUGUUUUCCACAAACUCAUACGAAAUAGUCUUGCUUUGCUUUACAGGGCCAACAGGCAACCGAAUUAGAUUUGUUGUUCAGCAAACAGCUAUUUAAUAAUGUGGUGCCAAAAAGCUGGUUUCUACUUUUUUGCAGACUAGAAAUUAAAAAAAUAUUGUUUUCUUUAUUUGUCAUUUCUUUAAAUUUUUAUUUUAUUGUAAAUCACAUUGGUUAAUCUGCUGAUUAAAGAUUUAUUGGGUAAA